AUGUCAAAUCAACACAGCCACGAUGCGGCUCUCGUGUUCGAAAAUGAUAUGGGUGAAGAAGGAAUCACAACGUCCCAUUUCACUUCGGGUGAUACUCCUACCGAAAAUAACCGAAUGUUGGGCAGGAAGAAGAAUAAAUCUAAGAUGAAAGGAUCGGAGAAGAAGAAAAGGAAAAGAAGAGUAUAUACAUUCCAAACGUAUAACGGUCUGAAUACAGGCUCUUACGAUAUAGACCAUUCCGAUGAGGAUACUCCAUCUUUCCUUUCGAUGGAAGAUAUAGGGAUGCGGGAGGUAAGAGAGAUAGUGGGAAUUGGGGGAAAUGAGAGUUUCAAAACCAAAUCAUCUCAAGAUGGUCAAUCACAAAGAGAUUCAUCUCAAUUGACCGUAAUUUCAAAUGAAGGGGAAGAGAGUCGAAGGUUUAUAUGGCGGAUGAAAGAUUUUCGUAGACCACAAAUCUCCUUGAUAUCGCAUAAGGGGUAUAUGAUACGAGAGAAUAUUAAGUUUGUAUCAAAAUGA